AUGAGCGUCUUACUACCCAACAUGGCGGACUUUGAUACCAUUUAUGAGUUAGAAGACGAAGAGGAUGAGCACGUAGUAAGCGAGGAACACUUGCCCAGAUACUGUCCGGAGCCCGUGGUCAUGCGAGGGGCCGGCCACAUCACAGUGUAAGCAGAGCCGCGUCUGUCGCUUCGUCUGUCCGCCUGUCGCUUUGUUGUUUUGGUGUCUCCACCCGGAGCCCCGUUUAGCCGAAGCUAGCGUGCUAGCUAACGCUAAACACAACAGCUUACAGUUAUCCGUGUGAUUUGACUCAAGAGACAGUGUGUAAAUACAGGAGGAACGAAUCUGAAAGGCCGUUUUUUUUCCACACGGUGACAAGAAAUGAAGUAAAUUACCUUUUAGUAUUCAGGGAUAAACAAGUUUAGAUGUUAGCCAGAAGGGCUAGGGUUAUAACGUAAUAACCGAGCAGACACAUUCAUAAAUAUCAGUCUGAUGUUGUCAACAUGGAGGUAAUAAAGCCCCCUGUCAAAUCAACCCACUGUCAACAUGUGGAGGAUUAUUCUGUCAGGGCUUGAAUUGUUUACAGCUCUUAAAUUACCACAGCUGAUGUCAUGUUAGGAUGAUUUUAAUAACACUACAGCAGGAGUAAACUCUGAUGUGCUGUUAUCUAGUAUUUCAGUGACUUUUGUUUAAAAAAAAAAAAGUAAUUUUCCCUUUUAUAUAUGUGUGAGCCCUGUCUAUACAUAAUACCCAACCUUUCACCCUUUGUACCCUCUGUGAAAAGUUAGGUAAACAAAACAGAUUGUACUUUAAAAAUGUAAUCUUUAUUUUAUUAGGUAGUCUCAAUCAACAUACAACACAACACAAUAAACAAAAAAGGAAUCAUAGUAAUUGAAACCAGUUCUGCCAAUAUUAGUAUGAGUAUAUGGAAUAUCUAAGGUUAGAUAGUUAGUGGAUUGUGUUCUGUAGUUACUAGGUUUAAAUGAAAGAAGAGAUGUGAGAUAGCUGGGAAGUUUCAGCAGAAGAACUUUAUAAAUGAAUAACAUGAGAUGGAUAUUUCUUCUCGACUGUGAAGAAGUCCAGCCAAACUUUUGAUAGAGGGAACAGUGAUGAGUGCGAAAUGUGUCGUUAGUGAUGAAACGUAGUGCACUAUGAUACACAGGAUUUAACUGCUGAAGAGUUGAUAGUGAUACACGAUAUCACCAUAAUCAAGGACAGACAUAAAGGUGGAUUGUACAAUGAUUUUUCUGUUGGACGGUGAUAGACAUUAUGAAGAGUUGUGUUGUGUUCUAUCUUUCUGAAAUGUGUUUAAUGAUGAUAAAAAAGACCAUAACAGCUUUCAACUAGGGCUGGGCGUUAAAACAAUAACGAUAUAUAUCGAAAAUUAAUUUCACUCGAUAUCAAUAUAAAACAUUGUCAGUAUACUUUUCAAUAGCCGGCAUUCUGGCAUGUUUUGGUAGACUAUACGAAUAGCCAAUGCGUAACAAGUGCGUAGUGGCCAACAGCACUGUCAGUGAGAAAAAAAGAAAAUGAGUGCUACUCCCAUUAGAAAUACAGAUGAAGGCUCAACAGAUGAUGACACCGGCACGAAAACAUUGGUGGUGUGGAGAUUUUUUGAGGUCAGACAUGAAGCAGAGUAGUGUGCACUGCAAAUUAUUUCUAGUUCAUGUCAAAUUUCAUUUAAGAGUAACAGGGAACACGUAAGAUUGACAAGUGAUUUUUUAUAUUGUGAUAUAAAGCGAUAUUGACUGAUAUGGAAAAAAAGAUAUGGUGGUAAACUUUUUUUCCAGAUUGCCCUUUUAACCAAUAUGACAAAGUUUGGGAUAAGUAUUCCUUGUCUGCAUUAGUGUUUUUAAAGCUCAUCAAGAUUAAGAUUUGAUUUAAGGGAUAUCAAAGCAUCAGAACUAAAAGUAACCAUAACGUCAUGUAUUACAACCAUUCAUGAAAACCACAGCUAACUUUGAGGUUAAAACAGAAGGAUUUAUUGGUCUAUUACCCUGCCUGGUAAUCUGAAAAUGUUCAUCUCUGCCCUCCUGAUGUUCACUUUAGUAACAGCUGCUUACGAGCUGGAAACAUUUUCAGUUAAAAUUUAACUGGGCUUCGGUGAGACUGAAAUGUAAGAGUAAACUUCAAACACAGUCACAUCUGUUGCUGCUUCAGCGAUCUGACCAAAGCUGAACUCAGUAAGAAACAACACUGUAGAGUGCAGAGACAUUUCUCAGCUAAUCCACUGACAAGAAACAGCAGACAAAGAUUGAAUUUUUCCUUUAAGAGAACUGAUGAAACAAACAAGCAUGUAAGGUGUGCACCAGCUAGUGUUGAAAUGACAGAUGAUGCAGAUUUAUGCUUAAUGGCAAAGUCUAUGACCAAUCAGUAUUAAACUAAGAGAUUGUCCAGUACUGAUGCACUGACCUGCUACGGAUAUAAUCAAACACUCUUCACAAACCUCAAAAAGUUUUACUUCUCUCUACAUAAAAUUUCUUGUGAUUGUGAAUCGUACUGGAUAUCCACUGUGAUUUUUUAAUAUUGAGCAGCUGGGAAAUAUCUGCUUCAUUGCUAAUUCCUCUUUAAAACUUUUCACGGUCUUCCUGUGACUCAUCUUUUCUGUAUAUAUGUGAAAUAAUCUGUGAAUUAAAAUUGUUGGUUAUUUAGAUUUGAGAAAACAUACUGUAAUAUUUAUUAAUAAGGAUGCUUCAAGAAAAAAUAUGGCGCUAUUGGCCUCAGAAAAGCUUCCCAGUGUAACUUUCAUCUGCCAAUUUUGUCUUUCUUUUAUUCAAUAAAAUUUCAGUAUGCUAGAUUUCUUCAUCUCCUAUUUUAGUCAGCAGGUUUAAACAUAUUUCCUGUGCCACAGAAUAAGCAUGUGAAGUCUCACUACAGUGUUAAAUAAUGCAUUUUUUGUUUUAGAAAUUACGUUAUGUUUUUUAUCAUACUUGCAGGUUUGGGGUCCUUUUUAAUGAUUGUAUUCAUGUUUAAUUUUUGUGUCUGUUUUUUUAUUUUCAGGUUUGGACUGAGCAACAGAUUCGACACAGAAUUCCCCUCUGUUCUCACGGGAAAGGUACAGUUGCUUUUAAGUUUCAUGCACUUCAGUCUGGCUUUCUGUUCAAUUCCAAGUGGGAAGAAUUAAGUAAUUAAAGCCACAGUGAUUCUUUUGUUUCUCUGUGGGCCUUUAAUAGCCCUGACUUCCCCAUGCCAGACCAUUCACAAAACCCCUCUCCGAGUGGUUUUGAUCUGACGGGGAUGCAUUUCAACUAACGUAGCACAGUGCGGAGAAAAGAGCUUGAAUGUGCUGCUGUCCAGCUCUGUAAAUGAGUAAGCCGUCUAUGGGGCUCGGUUGGCGGGGUCCCCAGUGUUUUGGAGGGUCCAGCUCCAGGUGAUAAAAUAAUGAAAUGAAGACUCUGCUGUAGACAAGAAAGGAAAGCUUCCUGGGUCGGACGCAGAAACACAAAAAGGCUGUAGGGGUAAGAGCAGGCAGAGGGAAGUGUGGGGCAAUAAAAAGUACCUUCAGUAUUGUGACCUAGGGUGACAUGUGAUGGAUGAGGUCACAAUUAUGAUGAUUGAAGGGUGCAGAUCAGGCCCUGCUGGGCUUUAUUCUGAGGUCUUUGGCUGUUUGCAAAGAGACCUUUGCAUCCUGUCAUAAAAGAUUACGACCCCUGUUUUAUGGCGUACAGACUCAGAGAGGAAUGAGCAUCCAUUCAAGUUGUUUGGCCGGCGCUGCCACAGGCACUGAGCUUAUCUCUCCUUUGAGUCCCUCCUUGCCUUGAACAGUCUAAAGCUUGGUUAGCAAGUCAGAGGUAGAGUAUUCAGAGAUCCCAUCUCAUCUCUGGACAACGUCUGCAAAUAUCUACCUGUUGAUUCUCUAAAGCUCUUUGAUCUUUGUGUUCAGAGCAAUUAGGAAUCUUUCAAGUCACCACCACCGAGAAACACUUGAAUUGUCUCUCCCUCUUGCUCCUAACAGUUCAGUCACUGCUCCAAGUUUCUGAUCUCACCCCCUCAAGGAUCAGAUUAUAUGUUUAACCAACCAUAAUGCCUUCAUUUUGUAGGUCGCACCAGAGGAAUUCAAAACCAGCAUCAGCAGGGUGAACGCCUGUUUGAAGAAGAACUUGCCUGUGAAUGUGAAGUGGCUUCUCUGCGGCUGCUUGUGUUGUUGCUGUACAGUAGGCUGCAGUCUAUGGCCCGUCAUCUGCCUCAACAAGAGAGUGAGUCCCAGACCUCCUGCGACAUAGAUCGGACAGUUUAACUCUCCCUUACAUCAACCGCUGAUUACUCAGGGGCUGUUAUAGCAAUUCAGCCGCAUUGCUGACAGAGUGGAGGGUAAUAACAACUCGUGUUCAAUUAGUGGCUCUGUGUAGAAGUGACGCAUUGCUCUGCUGAGCUCCACUCCUGCUCAGCUCAAGGGUGCGUCAUUUAAAGGUGGGGUUACCACUCUGAAUUAAUGGCAGCAAAGUGGAAAUUACUAGCCAGUAAAUUGGUAGUUUAGUCCAUAAAUCCUAACACUAGUGCUGUUUACUGAUACCUGUUAAAGUGUUAAAUUGAGCAAUGAGUUUUUUGCUGCUUGCUUUAAUGGUAAUGGGUUUGUUUUCUCUUCCAUCAGACGAGGCGGUCUAUUCACAAGUUGUUAGAGUGGGAGAAUAACCGAUUAUACCACAAGGUAAGGACGACAGCAGAUUUGCACCUGUGUGGAAGUGCUUCAUUAUCUGUGUCAGUGAAAGGUUCAGGAUAAUCACGAUGGAUCACAACCGUUUAUCUGCCUUCAAAACUCUUAACCCCUCCACACGAGUUGAGUCAGACCUGAUGCACGGGAUUUGAGUCAGAUCUCUUGCAGGGGUGUCUCGGAGGACCGUGAGGUCAGCAGUAAAAGGCCGUGUUAAUUUUGUUUUGUCUCGCAGCAACAAAUUACCGCUAGUAGCUGUGCAAAGGCAUAAAGGAAGCUCUUCAGGGUGUCUGGCCACAGUUUGACCCCAGCGAGACCAGACAGCCCCACUCCCAAAUUCCCCUGACACUGAAGAGGAGAUUUCAGACAGAUUUUCUUUUGUGUGUAUCUGUGUGUCUAAGUGAGAGAGGUGUUCAUUCAUUGUUUUUGUGUCCUUUCUUCUCGUCAGCUUGGGCUGCAUUGGAAACUUAGUAAAAGAAAAUGUGAAAGCAGUAACAUGAUGGAAUAUGUAAGUAUGCUCUUAUAUCGUAUUACAUUGUUUAUUUCUACAAGAAGAUUGAUGUGUCGACUCAGCAAGUUUUUAGAAAAUAGUGAGAAAUUCUCAAAAACAGAUCUUUUUGUUGGCUAUCAUGACAAGUAAGGUAGUGAAUUCUCACCGAAGUCAGAGUAAGCAUAUCUGAAGCUUAAACUAUUAUUCUUGAAUCAAAGUCAUUAAACAUAAUUUAGUAAUUUGUAUUUAUUUAUAUUUUAUUUAUGAUUAAUUAGCCUCAGUGUUGCAAUGAGACUGUGUUUUGUAUCGACUUUAUUAGUAUGCUUGAUAUUCAAGUCAAGUAGUUAAUCCUGGAAAUGUUCAUCUACCAUCUAGACUAACACUGUAAUAACUCACUGUUUGUUAUCCUCUCUGCAGGUGAUUCUUAUAGAAUUCUUACCCAAAUAUCCUAUAUUUAGACCCGACUGAGGAGCCUCUAACAGACUGGACGCGUGGCCCUUGAAUCUUCUCCUUAGUGCCUUGUAUAUAAAGUAUGUUGGAAUAAGGGUCUGCACUGGUGUCUGUCUUGACGACCCCCCCCCCCCCCCCACAUCUCCCAGUACCUUGUACAUUAGAAUUUGCAACAGUGUCACUUUGCUUUAGAGCAGAUUUUGCACAUUUUCCCAACAGAACUCGACAUGUCCCUUUCGUUGCACUCGGAUGUGUUUUUUUUUUUUUUUUUUUUUUUGUUACAUGUGACAAAAAGUGAAACUUUCAAAAAAGUGCAUUUACCCCAAAGAACCAUCAGCCUGUAUCCCAUCUGUUCUCAAAGUUAUACCUUGCAAAGAAUGUGAUGCCUCCACCUUCCUUAACUAAUCCUUGCCUUAUGUAUGAUUUUUUUAUUCCACAUGUGAGAGGAGGAGGAGGAGGAGGAGGAAGGCAUUGGGAAAUUCAACAAGGCUGUACUCUUUAACGCUGUUUGUUGGGUUUGAAUCUAGUUCUUUGCCAGUAGAUGGGGUGGUUAAGAUUGCCUAACGUACAGUGUACGUCUUCACCUCGUGUGUUUUCUUUACAUUUGACCCUCUGUACAUGGGAACUAGCUAGUAAGAGAACUUGACUUGUAAAUACCAUGUUAGGAUAAGCUGUACAGUGGUAUACCAUUGUUUACAUAAAGUUACUUAGCUCUUUAGUUUUGUUUUUUUGCCAAUAUAUUGCUGUACCAUAGAUUUGAUUAAUGAAAGAUGUCUAUGUACCUUUCUAGUUUAUAUGGACCUGUUUACCUUGUAAGCCAUAUAGUUAAAAUGAUGCCAGAGUCAGGACUGAUAAUUGCACUUGAGCCCAGUAAAAGUCAGGAUUUCGAAAGAUAUAAAACAUCCUGAAUAUUCAUCCAGUGACAACAGCAGUGCAAGUCAACAUGUGGAUUUUGCCAAUAAGAUGACUUUUAAUCAUUAGUCAUCUCUUAACACUGGAGAUGUAUGAAUCUCUGAUGUGCACUCGGAGAAUAGAACUGUCAUCUGAUCAUUUGAACCCAACUUUGCAUUGAUUUUCUAGUUUUCUACUCUUCCUGUGCUGUGUUUGGUCCUCCUGGUGUGUUGAAAAGCACAUAAACCAACAGUACACGGGGUGUUCGAGCAAAUGGUUCUUGUGUUGCAAACUGCUGUUAGUAUUAUUUCCCUGAAUCUUGGUCAACAGGUUGCUGCAUUGCGUUGUGUUAGAGUGCCUCUGGAGUAGUUGAUGAACCACAGAGAAGUACAGGUUGAAAUUUGUUCUCUUGUACAAAGGAGAGUUUAAAUCCUCCUCCCAGUAUUGUCCCUGUUACAAUUCUUGUAAAUGUUUGUCCUUAUCCCUGAUGGGAGAAAAUAAAUCGAUGAUUUUAUUAUUU